UGGCGUCUUGGUCAGCUCGUCCCUAGACCCUAGCGCGCGCCAUCGGCAAUCCUCCGCCGGCACGUCUCUCCGCUGGCCUCCCCUCGCCGCCGCACGUUUGCCUCCGAGUCUAAGAAAGCAAAAAAUCGCGUAAUCGAGAUCCUUAAAGGCAAAGAAACCGCGCGAUUUAUGGCGGCCAUCUGCAGCGGCCCGCAAAGAUGCCGCCGCCACAGGAGCAGCAGCAGCAGCAGACGCACCGGCCUCAAGGAGGAGGCCGCCGUCCCCGCCCUCCUCCCGCGCCGCCACCACCACCCAUGGCGUACUCCGACGACAUGGUGGCGUUCUACGACGCCUGGGUGGGGCGCGAGGAGCAGAUCGCGGCCGACCUCGCGGCCGCGCUGGCCCUGCCGCCCCGGCCCCGCCGCGACGCGCUGGCGCCGCUCGUGGGAGCCGCCGUCGACCACGUCGCCGCCUACUACGAGCACAAGGCCCGCCUCGCCGACCGCGACGUGGUGGCCGCGCUCGACCCACGCUGGCUCAACCCGCUCGAGCGCACCUUCCUGUGGGCCUGGGGCUGGAAGCCCGCGCUCGUGUUCCGCUUCGUGGAGAGCGCCGGCGGCGGCGAAGGCGGCAUGGGCCCCGCGCAGCGCCGCGCGCUCGAGGAGCUCCGCGCCGCCACGGCGGCAGCGGAGCGGGGGGUGGACCGCGAGGUGGCGGCCGCGCAGGAGUCCCUGGCGGGCCCGCGCGUGCUGGCGGCGCUGCGCCGCCAGGCCCCGCGGAACGGGAGCGGCGAGGCGGCGGACGACGCCGUGGCCGCGGUCGGGCGCUCGCUGCGCGUGCUGCUGGGCGCGGCCGACGCGCUGCGGGAGCGCACGCUGCGCGGCGUCGUCGGCCUGCUCGCGCCGGACCAGGCGGGCGCGUUCCUGGCGGCCAUGCUCAGGUUCCACCUCGCCGUCCGCCGCGCCGGCCGCGACUGGAGCCCCGGCCACCGGGGCGUCUAAUGUUCAUCGCGUCAAACGAAAACGGCCGUUGUCAAGCUAAGUCUCGGGUUGGUCUCAACUCAAAGUCGUCCAUCGUCGUCGUGUGUCAAAGCGUCAAGAGUCAGUGAGGUCGUCGGAGUCUGUUUUCUUUUUCCCGGUCGGUUGGGACCGCGCGUACUUGGUGUGUUUGUAGCAGAGGUUUCAGAGGAUCUAGCAAUGGAAUCUGGUGAGUUCGUGUCUGACUGUAGGGUCGGUUGUUGGUCCGUGGUCAUGUAGGUCCAAGCAAAAGCGUGGCAAUUUUUAGAUGAACUGAGCUCCAUCAUAUCUCCAUUUGUUCAAUGGCCAAAUAGGAGUAGAUGUAAGAAUGACACAAUGGCCAAACAGAAGCAAUCAUAAAAAAGUGCAUUUUGA